UGGACCUACGAGGAACAGUUCAAGCAGCUGUAUGAACUCGAUGCGGACCCCAAGAGGAAGGAGUUUCUGGAUGACCUAUUUAGCUUCAUGCAGAAGAGGGGUAAGUAAGCAAAGUGAUGUGGGGAAAAUGCCUAGACAUUUCUCCUGCUGACUAGGUUUUGAGGAAGGAAGACCUCAGGAUGAGGACCCCAGGUGAGGCCCUCCCUGCAGAGGCCUGAGGUUGGUGGCACCUGUCCUUUGGGCCCUCAAUAGCAUCUUUAACCUCUGACCCUGCCCCCCUUCUCCACCAGGGAUUAAUUAGUGGUGGACCCACAGGCAGGUUAAUGAGUGUGAGAUCAAUUAGGAAGGUGGGAGGGAGAACUGGUCAGGACUGGUUUGAGAGAGCAGGGUCCCAGGAACGCCUUGAUUGUAUACAGUGUACCCUUCUUCCAGCCUCAUCUCCCCUCCAUUUCCUUUUGCUUUAGCCCAGGGCACUCCCCACCUGUCCUGCAGCAGGAGGGAAUACAGUUAGACUGAAGGAAGGCUUUCCUGAAGGAUGGGCCGGGGCCUUGUGAAUUGGGUAGUGGAGAAGGGAUUUCUCCCUAGAAAAUUUCAGUAUUGAAAGCAUACAGAAGGGGUCCAGGGGGGACGAGGGUGGGCAGCAGUCCAUCACUUCCGCUUCUCCCCAGAUUCAUGGGUCUGAGCACUGACUCAUUAUCUCUCUCUACAAAGCUAAUUAACUCACUCAGAGCGCAGCCUGAUAAGCUGCUAAUUAACUGGCUGCACUGCCCCCCUCCCAGGACAGCUUCUGGCCCAAGUCUCCCCAGUCCCCAACACAACACUCAGCAACGUUUUCUGGCCCCUCCCUUCCCAAGAACCUUGGGUGAGGACCCCCGGUUUCCUUGUCCCCCAAGUCAUGGUAACCUCAGUGUUCCUCCUCUGCACCUUCUUGGGGACCUUCUCUCUCCCGGUAAUGGGGUGGCUGUGGUCUGACAGAACAGCCCACACCCUGAGCCCUGCCUCCUUCUGCUCGACUGCAGGGGGAGGAGGUCUCUCGGGGCCGAUAAUUUCCCCCCAUUAAUCAGGCCGCAGCUAAUUGUUCGGGUCCAAAGGCGCCGGUGGAAGGGGUUGGGAUCGGUACGCCAGUGAACCGGGUACCCAUCAUGGCCAAACAGGUGCUGGAUCUGUAUGCGUUGUUUCGCUUGGUGACAGCCAAGGGAGGCCUGGUGGAAGUCAUCAACCGAAAAGUGUGGCGAGAAGUCACACGCGGCCUCAGUUUGCCCACCACCAUCACCUCUGCCGCCUUCACGCUCCGUACACAGUACAUGAAGUAUUUGUACCCAUACGAGUGCGAGACACGGGCACUCAGUUCCCCAGGGGAGCUUCAGGCUGCCAUAGACAGCAACAGGCGUGAGGGCCGCCGCCAGGCUUACACCGCGGUCCCGCUCUUCAACUUAGCAGGGCCCACACCUCGGGGCGCUCCUGGCCCCGCCUCGAGUCAUGGGCCCGCCCCGACCGCGACCCCGAACUGCCCGGGUCCCACCCAGGGUUCUGCUUCUGGUUUACCAGCGCACGCUUGCGCUCAACUGAGCCCGAGCCCAGUAAAGAAAGAGGAGAGUGGAAUCCCACCCCCUCGUCUGGCGCUACCUAUGGGCUUGGCCUCGGAAGCUACAAGGGAGAAGCUGGCACCGGAAGAACCUCCGGAGAAGAGGGCUGUGCUAAUGGGCCCCGUGGACUCACCUCGACUGGGGGCACCCCCCAGUUUCCUGCCCCGUGGCAAGGCUCCCCUAAGGGAAGAGCGGUUGGAUGGGCCCCUCAAUCUGGCAGGCAGUGGCAUCAGCAGUAUCAACGUGGCACUAGAGAUCAAUGGGGUGGUCUACACUGGUAUCCUCUUUGCUCGACGCCAACCUGUGCCAGCUUCCUUGGGUCCAACCAAUCCUCCACCUCUACCCUCUACAGGGCCCCCUUCCAGUACCUUGCCCUGAAAGCAGCUACUGAGAACCAAGAGUCCCAAUAUCAUUGCUUAGGGGGGGAGAAGGCACCCUCCUACCUUGAUUCUUUCAGGAUGUGACGCCCACUCUGGGAUCCAGUCCUGGUUGAUGUCAGCAUGCCACCUCCACACCAAAGGGAUUUAUAUUACGUUCCAUCUACCUCACCGUAAAAGGCAGACACUGUCUCCCUAGCUAAUUUCAGCAGCAUCUACCAAAGAGCUUUCCCCCGAGAACCCCUAUCACUCCGUCAUGUAACCCCUAUGUCAGUGUCACCUUUGGUACCCCACCUCUUUGAGUCAAUUCUGCUCCUUUUCAGGAAGCAGGUGAAGGAUUGGAUUUGAAUGUGAAGAUGUCCCUUGGGUUGCAUCUGGAAAAUAAAAUUGUACUUCCCGUGUC